CUUUUCCUGAUAUUAUCAAAAAUGACUUUUAUUACAGCAGAAACGAAUAUCAACGGCGCCCUUGAAAAAGUGGGAUUGAUUCCGGAUGUCAUUCCUAAUGACAUUUCCCCUUCGACGCUUUUGCAGAUUGAGUUCCCAAAAAGCAGUAAAGAUGUUGCUCUCGGCAAUCAACUUAGUCCCCAAGAUGCUAGUGAGCAACCUAAAGUAUCCUUUGUUGCACCUGAAUCAUCUGACUAUUAUACCCUUGUUAUGACGGAUCCUGAUGCACCUUCAGCUCAUGAUAGAAAGUUUGGUCCUUGGCGUCACUGGGUUGUGGUCAACAUCUCUGGAUCCAAUAUCGAGAAUAGCCUAACAAAAGCCGAAAACCAACAUACGCCUUAUGUCGGUCCUGGUCCUGGCGAGAACACUGGUGUUCAUCGUUACACUUUCUUGCUCUAUAAGCAAUUGAAAGGAGGAAACCAAACCUUUAAACCUAUGGAACACGAACAAAGAGAAUAUCGUCGUAAAUUCGAUAUUCCUGCUUUUGUAGCAGAGAACGAACUUGAGCUUGUCUCUGUCAAUUUUUUCACUUGCCCUACAUAAAUUAUCAAACGAGA